CCGCCGUGCAAGCCGCCGCCUCGCCGCCCGCCCGCCUCGGCCCCAGGCCUUCACGGCCCGCUCCCGCCUCCCACUCCGGCCGCCCCAGCGCCCCGCCACAUGCAGGCCGCCGCCGCCCUCCCGGAGGAGAUCUGUUGGCUCCUGCAAGAUGCUGAGGAGUUCCUAGCAGAAGGUUUGCGGAAUGAGAACCUCAGUGCUGGUGCAAAGGACCACAGGGACCAUAUUCUACGGGGCUUUCAGCAAGUCAGAACUAGGUACCACUGGGACUUUCAGCUCCAAGGGGGAGACCAAGCUGAAAAUUACCUUGGACAGGACAGCUCUGAUGAUAAUCACAGUGGAACUCAUGGUCCUUUUCUCACAUCGGAUGCACCUUUCUUGUCAGAUUAUCAGGAUGAGGGAAUAGAAGACAUCACAAGAGGCGCUCAAGAGCUUGAUAACAUCAUCAAGCAAGGAUACUUGGAGAAGAAAAGCAAAGAUCAUAGUUUCUUUGGGUCGGAGUGGCAGAAGCGAUGGUGUGUUGUCAGCAGAGGCCUCUUCUACUACUAUGCUAAUGAGAAAAGCAAGCAGCCCAAAGGGACCUUUCUCAUUAAGGGCUACAGUGUGCGGAUGGCCCCCUACCUGCGAAAAGAUUCCAAGAAGGAAUGCUGCUUUGAACUGACCUCCCCGGAUAGGCGCAGCUAUGAGUUUACAGCUACUAAUCCAGCUGAAGCCAGAGAUUGGGUGGAUCAAAUAAAUUUCUUGUUAAAGGAUCUGAGCUCCUUAACCAUUCCAUAUGAAGAGGACGACGAGGAGGAGGAAGAAGAAGAAGAAGAGACCUAUGAUGAUAUUGAUGGUUUGGACUCCCCAAAUUCUGGUUCCCAAAGCAGACGCAUUAACUUGCCUUUGAGUAUGGGGCUAAAAGAGCCCACUGAGGAGAAGGAAGACGAUGAUAUUUACGAAAUCUUACCAGAUGACGAGCUUGAGCUAGAAGAGGAUGCGAGUGGCACUGGACAGAAAGGAGUGGACUAUGCCACUUAUUACCAGGGCCUAUGGGAUUGCCACAGUGACCAGCCAGAUGAACUGUCCUUCCAACGGGGUGACCUCAUCCGCAUUCUGAGCAAGGAGUAUAACAUGUACGGCUGGUGGGUAGGAGAACUGAACAGCCUCAUUGGGAUUGUUCCAAAGGAGUAUCUCACCACGGCCUUUGAAGUGGAAGAAUGAUGAAGCCCAGGACACAUACCCUUCUCUCUAUCCUGCCUUUAUGAAGAAACUGAUCAUCAAGAGCUCCCACUCCUUACCCCUGCCACCCCCGCCAGACUCCUCCCUUCACUGAAGAGACCCUUCAGACCUGAAGUCUCUGACACCUUGCUGUAACUGGAAACCACCAACAAGACAAGUGGGAAGAGGCAUACACGGCAAACCUGUUACUAAACCUGCCUUGUCAUAGCUCACCCCAUCUCCAAACAUGUCCCCAUAUCCACUUCUGCCUUUCCACAGGCUUGUCACAGAGAAGGUGUGAGAGAAGGAAACCUUUGGAGGAGGAGGUUGCUGGUUGUUUCGGCUGGUUUGAAAAGCACAAAUAAACUUCCGAUUUGGUUCCUUGC